UCCUUGGCGAUGGCAAGAACUAAGCAGACCGCGCGUAAAUCCACCGGUGGUAAGGCGCCUAGGAAGCAGCUCGCCACUAAAGCUGCCCGCAAAAGCGCCCCGGCUACCGGCGGCGUGAAGAAGCCUCACCGUUACAGGCCCGGCACUGUGGCUUUGAGAGAAAUUCGCCGUUACCAGAAGUCUACCGAGUUGCUCAUCCGUAAGUUGCCGUUCCAGCGCCUGGUGAGAGAAAUCGCUCAGGACUUCAAGACUGACUUGCGCUUUCAGAGCUCGGCUGUCAUGGCCCUGCAGGAGGCGAGCGAGGCCUAUCUGGUCGGCCUGUUCGAAGACACUAACCUGUGCGCUAUCCACGCCAAGAGAGUAACCAUCAUGCCUAAGGAUAUUCAGUUGGCCCGCCGUAUUCGCGGAGAGCGCUUAAAUGAGGAUUUAAUUCACUUUACUCCAAAUGAGAUCUAUAAUGCUGUAGAGCAACUAGCUGAUAACAAAGCUAGUGGCAAAGAUAACAUCACUGCGGAGCAUCUCAAGUUAGCCAGCCCUAGAGUGGCAGCCCUGUUAUCUAUUUGCUUCACAGGGCUGAUGACUCAUGGUAGCACGAUGUCAGGCAGAGGCAAGGGCGGUAAAGGACUCGGAAAGGGAGGCGCUAAGCGUCACCGUAAAGUUCUCCGCGAUAACAUCCAGGGUAUCACCAAGCCAGCCAUUCGCCGUCUGGCGCGUCGUGGCGGAGUAAAACGUAUUUCUGGUCUGAUCUACGAGGAGACUCGCGGUGUGCUCAAGGUGUUUCUUGAGAAUGUCAUCCGCGACGCCGUAACCUACACCGAGCAUGCUAAGAGAAAGACCGUUACCGCUAUGGAUGUGGUGUACGCUCUGAAACGCCAGGGACGCACUCUGUACGGCUUCGGCGGUUAAACGUUCCAACAGCUAACCACAACGGCUCUUUUAAGAGCCACC